AUGAACCCAUCCAUUAGAAAGUAUAAGGUCGUUGAUUCUUCGGCUAUUGUCCACCGGACAAUUGGAAUUGACACGAGAGUGAUGCUUGGAUUUGGGUAUCACCAAAAGAGUAAGGAUUAUAAGAUUGUCAGGUUUUUGGAGCGACAACAGGUCCAUAGCAGGCACCCUGGAGAGUCUGAUGUUGAGAUUUACUCCUUGUGCAGUGAUGCUUGGAAAGAGAUUCAAGUACAAUAUUUCCCUUGGAUUGUACGAGAUGAGGCGUCAUCAGUAAUGUGCAAUGAUAAUCUUCACUGGAUUCCACAUAAUUGUGAUCGCGAUGAUCCGGUCGUCUUGUCAUUCAACAUUGAAAAGUAUGGAUUGGACGAGGUGAAGUUGCCUGAUCUUACGGUUCAUACAGAUUCUCCUCUAACUGUGACAGCAGUUGUUCUGAAGGAAUGUCUUUGUUUAUUUGGGCACGUCCUUCCUGUGGGGUCAGGUGAAGAAAGUACUAGAUGCUACUUAUGGAUUAUGAAGGAUUACGGAGUGGCUGAGUCAUGGACAAUGUUAUAUGAGAUCGAUUGCCAACUAAAAAUUCGAAGGUGCAUUAGCUCUACAAGGGAUGACCAACUAAUCUUGGAAGACAUCCAUGAAAAUGUUGGGUUCCGUCCCGAAUUCCUAAAUAAGUUAAGGAUCCUAAUUUGA